CCUGGUUCGGGAGCUACGGGGUUGAUUGCACAGCUUCACCUAACCAAGAAACCUACAUCCUUCGAGGAAGAGAUAACUGAAGCUGGACCGCUUUUCUCCAGAAAGCGCUGUGCAACAAUCUAGCAAGAUGGCCCGGGUAUCUUGGGAACACAACCCUGAACAGGGCCCGUGACCUCGGUCCGACAGCCGCGGCUCAGGGCUCCGCCACCCUCCUGUCCCUCGGACAGCGGAGAAGGCAGCGUCCUACCCGGCGGCUGGACACCCGCCCGCCGGGCUGGGCGAGCGCUUCCUGGCGGCGCCGGGAGCUGCUGGUCCUGGGCCCUCCAACAAACGGAGGAUGCCGAGGUCAGCCACGGCUCCCGACACGUUUCCUCCGGCAGGUCCGGGGGAGGGCCAUGGGAGCGGGGCCGGCGCUGGAGAGGGACGGCGCGGGCAGCAGAGGCCAGUCCCAGCCGUGGCCGAACGCCGGGGCAGCCGGCGCCCCUCAGCCCGCCGGCAUGAGGCGGGCCGGGCCCUGGUGCCUGCUCCUGGCUGCGGCCUGCGCCCUGGGCCGGACCCCGCCGCCCCCGCGGGCCGCCGUGCGCUGCCUGUCCGCCGGCGCCUGCUUCAGCGCCCACCUCGCCAAUGUCUCGUACGCCGAGGCCCGCGGCGCCUGCGACCAGCGGCGGGGCAGCCUCGCCUGGGUCAGCGGCGAGCCGGAGCUGCGCCUGGUGCUGGACAUGCUGGCAAAGGCGGCGGCGCCCGCGCCCCCGUUCUUCUGGGUCGGGCUGAAGAGGAACGCCUCCGCCUGCACCCACAACGAGCAGCCGCUCCGCGGCUUCUCCUGGGAGGGCGUCGGGGGUGGGAUGGCCCCGCAGGAGGUGCCGGCGGCGCUCGGCCGGUGGCUGCAGGAGCCGCAGCCGUCCUGCCUCACGGCCCGCUGCGCUGGGCUGCAACUGGCGGCUGACCCCCCAUGGGGCUGGAAGGAGCGGCGCUGCCGGCUAAAAAGCCCCGGCUACCUCUGCAAGUACCAGUACGAGGGUGCCUGCCCCGACCUCAGUCCCGCGGGCGCCCUCGACUUCGAAUACCGGCUCCCCUUCGAGGAGCGCAGCGGCGGCCCCGGCUUCAGCCCGCCGGGCACCGUGCUGACCGUGGCGUGUCCCGGCGGGGAGGUGCGGCUCACCUGCCAGCCCGAGCCGGGCGGCUUCGCCUGGAAGGCGGAGAAGCCCCUCUGCCCCUGCCCUUUCGGCCGCAGGAGCCCCGACAGCGGGCGGUGCGCCGAGGCCGCCGGGUGCCGCGAUGCCGCCGGCAGUUUCGCCUGUGCCCGCAUCCCGGGCGGCCCUGACGGAACUCCCUGCCCGGGCACGGGGCCGGCUCCCACCGCUACAGGUGGCCCCGCGGAACCGUCGGGUGCCAGGGCGGAGGGGCGGCGUCCUUCCAUCCCGACACCCGGCCGUUCCACGGAGCCGCCCGCCACCGCCACGGCCGCCGCCGGCGGAGAGAAGACGGCUGCUCCGCCGCCCUCCUCCUCCUCCUCCUCCUCCUCUUCCAACUACGUUUUCAUCCUGGUGACGGUCGCUGUGGUGGUGCUGGUCAUCCUGGUCAUGACCGUCCUGGGGGUGUUCAAAAUCUGCUUUAACAAGAAGUCCGAGGGCCGCGGGGACAAGGAGCCGCCGGAGGCCGGCGGCAAGGCGGAGGCAGGCUCGGCGGAGCCCGGCGGGGCAGCGGGGCGUGAAUAGCCCCGGACCGCCGGGGCCGCGUCCCUCGGGGCUGCCCUGAGCGGCAGCUGCCCCCCGGGCCAGCGCUCGGCUCCCCGCGUCCCUCCUGCCCCCAGCCCUGCUGCCGCGGGGAGCCCAGGGAGAGGCGCCGCGGGACUUGGCUGGGCAGGGCUUGGACAUCAUCAAACGCAGGAGCGGGUAGCGACGUUAUUUUGAGGGGAUUGAAGUUUUGGACAGUCGGAGUUUUUGUCGGUCUGAAAAGCAGUUAUUUCGGUGCUGAUUCCACUAAAAUAUAAAUAGAUCAGCCUGACCGGCAGAGCGAUUGCAGCUGCAACAAUUGUGCAUUUUUAUCCUCUCAGAAGCUGUUCGUCGGGUGCCUUACUUGGAGCAAGCAUAAAGUGGGCCACUGUGAGCACUUGCAUCUUGUAAUUUAGAAGUCACCACCUACAGUGGUACCUGGAGGCUCUCGUUUUCAAUAUAAUUGCUGGAACUUUUGGAGAGGUGAACUGCCAUAAUUUUGGGCGAAACUGCAACCCAUAAGCUUUCAUACUGACAUUCUUAAAAAAUGAAAGAGCAUUUCUAUACUUAGAAAGUCAUUAAAUUGCUGAGGAAGUGAGAGGUUAAUGGGGAGUCAGUUUUAUACUUCAGCUGAUGAAAAGAAUAAAGGAUGAUGUAAAUCACU